AUAGAGAAAAGUUUUGAAAACAGAGUUUUGGCAUUUGCAGUUCACGUAAAACUACCAAGCGCGUCCUUGGUUUUUGACGCGUCCAAAUCUCUCUCGCCUCUCAACCAACUGGCCAUUCCGACCAUGCUCACCUCAAACCCCCUCGAACAGUACAUUCUCCCAAACGCCCCACCAACAGUGUACUACAUCCCGUCCUUCCUAACCCCCCAAGAAUCCACAACCCUCCUCGAAAAAAUCUACAAAACCCCCAAACCAAAAUGGGUUUCCCUUCGUAACCGCCGCUUACAGAACUGGGGUGUCCUUGCAGGGCAUUGUCCCCUUUCAGACCCACUACCCCCUUGGUUAACCGCCAUCGAAAACCGAAUCGCAGCAUUGGGUAUAUGGCAUCAACAUUCCCACGCCAACAAUUGUCUUAUCAACGAGUAUUUACCAGGGCAAGGUAUCCUCCCCCACGAAGACGGCCCAGCCUUCCACCCAACAAUAGCAACCCUCUCCCUCUCAAGUACCUGUCUCCUCCAAUUAUACCCACACGGUCAAACCAAAGCCUCUCAUACCCUGUUUUUGGAACCGGGGAGCUUGUUGGUGUUGGAUGGGGAGGUUUAUAGGGGGUUUUUGCAUGGGAUUCCUGAGCAGAGGGUUGAUGUUCUUGAAGGGGUUGUGAAUCCUGUUCGAGAUUUUGGUAAGGAGGGGGGGAGGAUUGAGAGGGGUACGAGAGUUAGUGUGACGUUUAGGGUUGUUAAAAAGGUUGCCAAAGUUUCUGUUGGGAGGGUAUUUGGAAAGAGGGUUUAAGAAAAAGUUUUGGGUUUAUCGGUUAUGAAACCAAAAACCGCCAAAGCAUUCACAACAUGGAUCGAAAAUCUGUUGAUGGAGUGGUCAAAUUGCUUUGUAGAUACCACAUGUAUAACCCAUAUUUUAAUCAACUUGAUUUAUGCUA